UGUGGCAGUGGUAUGUGAUCUAUCGACAUGAACUACUUGGCUCAUCUCGCAAUGAGUUGCCUAAUGGCAUGCCGAGAACGCCCUAAUAAAUGCCUCGGAAAGAGCCCAACCGCAGCACGUUAUAUAUGACCAAUCGCGAAAUGAGAUCAAGGUAUCACAUUGCACUGAUUGGCGACGGCACAUGCAAUUGUGCACUUCUACUCAGCCCCUUCAACCUCAGCGUCAUUUAGCUCUCUUUCGAUAUAACGCAAUUCCCCCGCCUUUGAUUUCGUUAUAAAGGCAUUGCGGACAAGUAACCCUCAGUCAUUACGGAUCAUGUCAAUUGUCCGGCAAUGCGCUUUGCGCUAAACGCUGAACUCUUCAAAAUCAUCUCAUUCAAAACGAGAUGGAGGUUGUAGGGGCUGCCGCGAGUUUCAUUGCCAUUGGCCAAGCCCUAGCUAGCAUCCCGAAGCUUAUCAGCAUCAUCCAGACUGUGGCUAAUACUCGAAAAGAGUUAGCCGAACUUUCGUUCGAGCUCAAAGUCCUUACUGCGCUCUCCAACGAUGUUCAGAAUUGUAUUGAUAUACUGCUUUCAGAGAGCCUGCCGAACGGGAUUAGACCCACCGAACCUGCCUACAUCCAGCAAUCUGAAAGCGAACUUGAGGGACUUUUGCUGGACUUAAAGAAGUUAGCAGCCGAUUGCGAAACAGCUUUACGGCAAGAUCCUUUCAGAAAGCUGGGGACUAAAUUGAAAUUGGCAUGGCAGAAAUCGAAAAUCAAAGACCUCUGCAGCAGGGCGCGGCGGAUAUUCGGGUACCUGGAAAAGGCCAUGAUAAUUCUAGCCAUGCGAGCAUCAAUAUACGAGAAAAAUUGGCAUACUAAGGUACUGUUCGAAGCUCAUGCUAUUGCCACCCAGAAAUACCCGGUGCCGAGCAAAGCCACCAAGGAACCAAAAGAUCUGACCUUGUCCGGAGCUUUUGAUCCGCCAAACAGCACCCGCAGGGCCCUUCAAAGCAAUCCUCUUGUUUCAUGCGGUUGCUACUGCCAUUUGGCUUCGAAUCGAGCGAUGGGAAUGCCGUCUUUGUUGUCUAGCUUGAUCUUGCCACGAGGUCCAUGCUUCUGCAAUUGUGCUUUUCGCGCGAGAGGAACAGGUUUCAGUUUUGACAUUUCGUAUUGGCUGGCAAGACGAAAAGUUCAUUUCACCAUCUCUUUUGCCACCAGAGGUCUUGAAAUAUGUCUGAGUGUACCAAUUAUUUUAGAACGAUCAAAUGCUUGGAGCAUUAUCGAGACUGAGUCCGAAGAACUUGCAUCAAAAUGGUUGAUUCGUAAUGAGAUUUCUCCGAGAUAUCUAGCCACAGAUGGGUGGUCUGUCAUUGAGUACGCCGUCCACAAACAUCAAUGGGAAAUUGUACUUUACUGGUUAAAUCACCAGAGUAGAAUACUCAUCGACACACCGAUGUUAAGACAAGCAGCACUUCGUGCAAAAUUUUUUCAAGGCACAACAAGAACUUUGACUGCGAGAGAGUCGUAUACUUGCCAACGAAUAAUCCAGCUAGCGGGACAAGAGGAUGAGAUUCCCGCGAUUCACCAGGCCCUCCAUGACGGGCAGGACCUUCAACUAGCGAUUGCGCUUCAACCCACUACAAUCAAUGAGAUCGAUGGUGCAGGCGAAGCGCCACUACAUAUUGCAUGCCGUAUGUGCGACGUUAGUGCAUGCACCGCUCUGAUCAGGGCGGGGGCUGAUAUCAACCGUAAAGAUCCAGAUGGCGAUACACCACUUCACGUAGCUGCAUGGUCUGGAGUGCGACAUUUGGCUCAACUACUGCUGGAUGCAGGCUGUGAUAUAAAUUCUACCAACAAACAGGGACUUACACCACUAGUGGUCGCAGUCGCUUUUAAAAACCCAUCCAUGGUGUCGUAUUUGAUACGAAGGGGAGCUUCGAUACACUCGGCAGAUAACCACCACAGGACGGCAUUGCACUAUCUCU